CCUUUUUAUUUUUUGAAAAGCUCCGUGGAGUUGUUGCUCGCAUGGCGGAUUCUCUAUACCCACUAGCAUAGUUUCAGGUUGCUAAGGAAACCAAUUGAUGGCGCUUCUUCAAAGACCAUUUCUCGUGCUCCUUCUUAUAGUAACUCAUCAAUUCUUGCAAUAUUGGGUUGCUUUUGGAUCGGUCAAUGAAGAAUGCCAAAAACAAGAAGAAUUCAAUGAGGAACUACUCUUGAAGCCAUUGCCAGAUCGCAAAGCUUUGGCUCAUUUCCAUUUUCAAAGCUCUGCCCCUCCUUCUACCUCGAAUGGACGCCAUCAUCAUUUAUUUCCCAAAGCCAUUUCUCAGUUGGUUCAGAAAUUUCAAGUUAAGGAAAUGGAGCUGUCUUUCACACAAGGCCGCUGGAACUAUGAAAGCUGGGGUGGAUUUGAUCCCAUAUCAAGCAGCAAUGCAAAGCCCCCUGGUGUUGAGUUAUGGGCUGUCUUUGAUGUACCACAACAUCAGAUUGAUGCUUCGUGGAAGAAUUUAACGCACUCUCUCUCAGGUCUUUUCUGUGCCUCAAUAAACUUCCUAGAGUCUACUACAACUUAUUCUGCCCCAGAAUGGAGUUUUCCACCUGCUUCAGGCAAUUUGAGGUAUGGUACAUUGCCUCGUGAAGCUGUUUGCACAGAGAAUCUAACUCCAUGGCUGAAGUUGCUUCCUUGUCGGGACAAAGAUGGGCUUGCCAAGUUACUGGAUAGGCCAUCAAUUUACAGAGGUUUUUAUCAUUCUCAGCGGUUGCAUUUGACAUCAACUGGAUCUGGUUCAGAGGGGAUGGAUUCAGGCAUUAUAUUAGAACAGACACUUACAGCUGUUCUCCGGCCUAAUAGUCGAAGAGCCAGUAUGGCCCAUGCUCGUGAAAAACAUAUUCAACCAAGCUGGUCUCUUAGUUCAAUUUUUGGGAAACAAGUUAGUGGAAGAUGUGUUCUUGUGAAGUCUAGUAAUGUGUAUCUUUUACUGGACAGAGGUUUAGUGUCUGAACUGAAGCAUCUAUAUAAAGAGAAUGAAAAGCUUGUAGCAAAUGAUUUGGCCACUAAGAAUUUUUGGACUAAUCCCAGCUUUGAGUUGUCUGCUAAACCAGAAAGGGUAUUUAUAGAAGAAAACAGUAUGCAUAGCAACAGCUCAUCCAUUUUGUACAAGUUCCCAGUCGAGAAAUACAGUGAAUCUGAGCCAUUUGAUCUUGGCGUUAUUUGGAAGGAUCCUGUAGUUUGGUUAUGUCAACAAGCACCAUUACGUGCUAGUAGGUUCUUGAUGGGAAGUGGGAAUGAGAGGGGUACCAUUGCUAUUUCCUUAAAAUCUACACAAUUGAGUGAGGGCUUCAUGGGUGCUAAUGCCAAUGAUAAAAGGUGUGAAUUGCGAGUUUAUGUUUUUCAAGUUGUGCCUUGGUAUGUUAAGGUCUAUUUCCAUUCUCUGCAAGUGUUUGUCGAUCAACAACCUAAGGCUGUUUCAGAUAUUAUUGAGAAGAUAAAUGUUUCACCUUCCAAAGACAAAGUGUCUCCUGGUGUAAUGGAAGUGGUUUUGAAACUUCCUUGCAGAGUUACAUCAGCUGCUUUAACCAUAGAGUUUGAUAAGGGUUUUUUACAUAUUGAUGAAUAUCCCCCUGAUGCUAAUCAAGGAUUUGACAUACCAUCAGCUAUUAUAAGCUUUCCAAACUUCCAUGCAAGCAUGGUUUUUCUCGAAGAUGACUCUUUGAACAAGUCACCCUUAUUGUCAAAGUUUCAGGAAAAAAGUCCUGUAAUGUCUUACACAGAAGUAUUAUUGGUACCUUUGACAACACCUGAUUUUAGCAUGCCUUACAAUGUUAUCGCAAUCACGUGCAUGGUGUUUGCAUUGUAUUUUAGAUCAUUGGUCAAUGUACUACGAAGGCGUGUUGCUGAGGAGGAGAGAUUUCUUAAAGACAAAGCUGCCAGAAAAACUGGUUGGCCACUUCCGCUGCUAUCAAAGUUGUCUGCCAAGCUUAGAGGUCGUCAGUGGGAGCCACCGCAUUCAGCCCCAGCUUCGUCAUCCUUCAUUAACUCAAAGUUAGUCUUCAAAGUCAUACUAGUAGCUGGACUUGCUGUAGGUUGGCAAUACUAUUUUUCAUGAAGUUAAAACAUAUAGAAGUUUUCAGUGUACAAUACGAGAAAAACAAUCCCAGAAUUAGUGAGAAGAUCAUGUUUUUCCAGAAUCCCAUGUGACUCAAUUUUGUAUCAUUUUCUUUUACAAUUUAACAAUUCAUACCAGAUUGCUUUCGUACUAUAAAUUGCAGUGGCUGCAUCAGGAUGUUCCAAUGA